AUGCCCUUGGGCAUGUUCCAAUUACCUGAUUUACCUCCAAAGACGACAACUUUGAUGACACAAAAUGGUUGGCAUAACGGGAGGAGAGAAGAGAUUGGAAAGUUGAGUGCUUUCAGGACUUCAUUUGGCGGACAAGUUUUGUGUAAUCCAAGUUUCUGUGGGACACAAAUAGCUAUUAACAACCAUGGAAACCGUUUAGUUGUUAACCCUUCUAUGGCUCUUAUAGUAGAACCAGAUUAUAGGAUUCCAAUUGUGCUACUUGGAGUUGCUGGUGGGUUGGCCUAUACAGAGAAUUUGGUAUCUGCAGUUCCUGUUGGCCUUCUUGGAUUGCUUCUCUUGGUUCAGGCCACUAGAGUGAGAUUCGUCUUUGGUGAUGAGGCUCUGGAAGUAAGGAUAGGUGACCAGCUUGAGGAAUCAGGAGAAAAUGCAUUUGUGGGAGGAAAAAACCGCUGGAAGUACUCAACAUUUAUUAAUUGGGAAUUCUGGUGGCCUAACUUCCCUAAUUUUAGUCUACUUCAAGGAGACACAAACAAAGCCUGAGGGACAAAUUCAUUUCUUCCCAAUAAUCUUAAUGGGAAGCAGCUUUAUGAUGUUAUGGUGGAAAGAGCAGGACCUUCAAAAAGUAGUGGUCCAAAAGAAUCCUAAAGAGCUAGCUGUGUGAUUAGAUCCUCAGGUAUCAAUCCCAUAUUCUGUAUUUAUUACCACAAAGCUGUAGUUACCAAAUUGGUUUGCCACAACCCACAAGUUACAUGGCACUUGUGAAAAUGUAAAACAUGUUAUUUAUCAACAGAAUUUUUGUAUAUGUAGCAUCUAUGCCUGCACAAAAUGGUAUUUGAUCAUGACACCAUAGAACAAAAGGGUUCUAAAAUUUCCUAAGAGUAAAUGUUUUUAAAAUUAGGAUGCCUCGGAAACCAUAGAAAUCUUAUGGUGAGUAUGGUCCUUGUAAAAAGGCUUCUGAAGAUAAGAAUAUUGGUGUUUGUAUUGCAAAUAUCAAGAGUUCCUGUUACUCCUGCACAUUGCUCUCUGUUGAUUCAAAUUGCACACAAAUUGAAGCUAAAGAAUUCAUUCAAUGUUGACCAAGAAGAUAAAAUUCGUCCAAUAAUAUUCUGGAGUCUUGUUGGAACAUGUGGAUACUUUCGGUUUCCAUUGAUAUUGAUCAAUUGUAUUUGGCUAUUUGCCAUCAUAGAAGGUGUAUCGAAUAACGUACACAAUACCUAUGUAUAUAGAUUCUGU